GACCAAACGCACGGCCGGGGCAGAAGCGUGGCCCUCGAGGCGGUCGGCCUGGCCACUCACUAGCUGUGUGACCUCGAGGAAGUGACCUGGCUUCUCCAGCUUCAGUCCCUGGUCCGUAGAAGGACGAUGUUGGAGGACAUUCCUCGUGGGCUUGGAGUGAGCCUCUGCGGGAAGGCUCGGGAAGCGCUGCCCGCCACGGGAAGGAGGCGGAAGCCCUCGGCGGCCCGCGCCACACCAGGCCUCGCCUCUCUGAGGAGCGGCCCCCGGCCCGUGCCCGAAGGUGGAGGGGGGACGCACGCCCUGGGGCCCGGGGCCGCUGGGCGCCGGGAGCUCCGCCUGGUUCUCAACGCCAGCAUUUACAGCUCCCGGGAGACACAACCCCUGUCAGCCAUUCACACUUGGCGGGCAGGCGGCGCUCAAGGCUGCGAGGGCGCGGGAGAUGCCGUCCUGCUCUGCCCCCUGCCCGGCUCCCUGCCGGGCUCCCUGCAGCCCGCGGCCGGCCGGAGGUCCGUACCACCGAGAGACCGGCUGGUCUCUGCGCGCCUAGAGCGGCACCGGAAGCUCCCCGGGCGGGGCCUCGGGCCGAUUUCCGGCCGCGGCGUGCGGGCGGCCGUGCGGGCUUUGUCAGCAGGCCAGCGGGGCGGGCGGCCAGCGGUCCGCGUGCGGGGCGCGCGCCGUCCUCUCGCCGCUGGGCGCCGGACUGACGGGUGACUAGAAGGUGACUCCGGAGCCUGAAUUUCUGAGCAUGGAAAUCUGCAGAAGACAGUGUCCGAAGCCCUCACAGUGAUGGAGCUCGCUGCCCCUGCGCCUGGUGGGGGCUCUGAACCCAGAUUAGGGGGGCUGUUGGGAAACCUGGACGGGCAGAGCCUGCGGAGCUGCCCCUCCCAGGAGGGAGGUUUCAAGCAGGUGACAGUUACCCACUGGAAGAUCCAAACAGGAGAGGCAGCGCAGGUGGGCAGUAAGUCAGGGGGAAGCCCCGUCCUGAGCUCAAACCUCCUCCUGCUUCAGAGAGAGCUGAUCGAAGAGGAGGCCCACCAGCGCGAGGCUUGCGGAAGCUUCCCAUUUAAUUCGGACCUGGUCAGACAUCAGGUUUCUCAGGCUGGGGAGAAAUCUCACAGACAUGACGAGUGUGGGAGGGGCUUCGGCCAGAGCUCCCACCUCGUGGAGCAUCCGCGCGCUCACGGCGGAGACAGACUCUACGUGUGUAACGCGUGUGGGAAGGACUUCGUUCUCUACGCGGAUCUUGUGGAGCAUCAGAAAGCGCACGCAGGAGAAAGGCCCUUCAAGUGUGCUCAGUGUGGGAAGGCGUUCUGUCACAGCUCAGACCUGAUCCGCCACCAGCGCGUCCACACCCGGGAGCGACCUUUCGAGUGCAAGGAAUGCGGGAAAGGCUUCAGUCAGAGCUCGCUGCUCAUCCGGCACCAGAGGAUCCACACUGGGGAGAGGCCCUACGAGUGCAACGAGUGCGGCAAGGCCUUCAUCCGGAGCUCCAGCCUCAUCCGGCAUUACCAGGUCCACACGGAGGUGAGGCAGUACGAGUGUGAGGAGUGCAGGAAGGCCUUCCGCCACCGCUCGGACCUCAUCGAGCACCAGAGGAUCCACACCGGGGAGAGGCCCUACGAGUGCAACGAGUGCGGCAAGGCCUUCAUCCGGAGCUCGAAGCUCAUCCAGCACCAGAGGAUCCACACUGGAGAGAGGCCUUACGUGUGCAACGAGUGCGGGAAGCGUUUCAGCCAGACGUCGAACUUCACUCAGCAUCAGAGGAUCCACACUGGAGAGAAGCUCUAUGAAUGUAAUGAGUGCGGGAAAGCGUUCUUUCUGAGUUCGUACCUUAUUCGACACCAGAAGAUCCACACUGGAGAGAGGGUGUAUGAGUGUAAGGAAUGUGGGAAAGCUUUUCUCCAGAAAGCCCAUCUCACUGAGCAUCAGAAGAUCCACACUGGGGACAGGCCCUUUGCGUGUAAGGACUGUGGGAAAGCCUUCAUUCAGAGCUCCAAGCUCCUCCUACACCAGGUUAUUCACACUGGAGAGAAGCCCUAUGUAUGUAGUUACUGUGGGAAAGGCUUUAUUCAGAGGUCAAACUUCCUUCAGCACCAGAAAAUUCAUGCUGAAGACAAACUCUAUGAAUGUAGUCAGUAUAGGACAGAGUUCACCUCAACUCCAAACUUUAAAGGCAGCCAAGAGGUUCACCAAGAGGGACUUCCCUUGAGUCAGACCCCCAUACAUUUGGGUGAGAAGUAUGUAGGUCAGGGGGAGCACACAGACUUGUAACUAUUCUCCAACUCACUGAGUGAUAGUCGAAGCGAGCGGUGUGAGCCCUAAGUCAUGCGGCUUUGGACGUGUCACCAUUUCCCAGAGUCACCGGCAGGGCUGCCUCUGGAGUGGGCUGCCACCUCCCACUUGGCUGCCCAGCCGGCCCGCUGUCUUCCUCCUCCGCUGGGAGCACGUGCCCGCGGGAGAGCCACGUGACUGGACAGCUGACUUGGAGCUGGACCAGCCUGGGGGGAGGAGCUUGGCCUCGGGAGAAGGUUCUUCUGUUUCAUUGCACAAUUACAGUUCACCCCAGAGUUAAAUCCCUUCUAAAGUAGAAUUAUGUACCUAAUCGUAUCACUUUAAAA